UCCGCAGUCGUUGAACAAAAAGCAACGCAGAGGCGGCGCCAUUUUCUCUAGAGCCCGUCGUUGUCGAUUAGCUAUAGUGGAGCCAAUCUGACGAUAAGCGACGCUUUGUUAUAUUUGGUCGUUUGUCGGCUUUUUAGCGCUAUUUCGCACUUGUUAAAAUGAGUGACAUUGAGGAUGGAAACUUUGGAGGACGAGAGUCCCGCUCUCCGUCCAAAUCGGACCGCGGCAGCCCGGUUCAUGUUAAGUCGGAGAGCAGGUCGGCCUCACACAGCCCGUCGCAGGCGUCCAAGAGGUCGGAGUCCAGGUCCCGGUCUCGUUCCAAGUCCAGGUCUUACUCGCGGAGACACUCCAACCGGCGCUACAGUCGUUCUCGCUCUCACUCCCACCGCAAGAAGUCCUGCUCGCGCUCCUACAGCCCGGACUACCGGCGGAGGAGGAGUCAGAGCACGUCACCCAUGUCCAACCGGCGUAGGCACACAGGCAGCAGGACCAGAUUCAGCAAUGACUUCAAAAGCGAAACGUACAGUCAUAGUGAUGCCAGGGCCAAUCCAGACCCCAAUACCUGCCUCGGAGUGUUUGGGCUGAGCCUGUACACCACAGAGCGUGACCUACGUGAGGUGUUUUCCCGCUAUGGACCCCUAGCUGGUGUCAACGUGGUGUAUGACCAACGCACGGGCCGCUCCCGGGGCUUCGCCUUCGUCUACUUCGAGCGGAUCGACGAUGCAAAGGAGGCAAUGGAGCGAGCAAAUGGCAUGGAACUAGAUGGGAGACGCAUCAGAGUGGAUUAUUCCAUCACCAAGCGGCCUCACACCCCCACACCAGGCAUUUACAUGGGACGGCCCACACACAGCAGUGGCGGGAGCGGCAGCGGUGGCGGCGGCGGCGGCCGGAGACGCGAUUCGUAUUAUGACCGUGGAUACGAUCGCUAUGAGAGAUACGAGGAGUAUGACUACAGAUACAGCCGCAGGCGGUCUCCAUCCCCGUACUACAGCAGAUACCGGUCUCGCUCCAGGUCACGAUCGUACAGCCCCCGACGAUACUAAAAAGCUCGGACCUCAAGGAUCUCUUGUACUCAUGUUUGAUCUUUAAUGAAACCACCACUUUAAGGCAUUGCAAUAUUUACUUAAAAUCUAAGCUGGGUAACAUUUAAGCUCUUUUCAGUGGGAUUAUCCAGUUGGGUGAGGUGUUUACGUCUUUUUAGAGAUCUUAAUUUCUACACUUUUCUGUGCAUCUGUGUAUAGCAUUGAAGUCUUGCUGAACAAAACAGUCUGUUUUUUAAAGCUUAAAAAUGGUACCGUGGCUGGCAUUUUGUUAGGGCAUCUCCCCCCAAUUCCUAACAAUGUUUAAAAUGAUUUAUUAUACAAAAUGUGAAACUUGUUUGCUUAAGUUAAAGGUUGAUUUCUGUCAUUUGGAUUUUUUUUUAUUUUGGAUGUAUUUCUUUUUAACGAAAUAAACAGUUCAUAUUUCGGUCUCA